AUGGCUGCCAUUCGGGUCUAUUACACCAGCGUGACGGGCUCCAGGGAGGUAAAGCAGAGGCAGUCUGAGGUCCUUCGAAUUCUGGAUGGAAAUCACAUGAAGUACCAGUUAGUGGAUGUCUCUGUCAGUGAAAGUUUGCUGCAAGAGAUGAGGGACAAAGCUGGCAAGGCUGAUGCAAUCCCACCCCAGAUAUUUAAUGGAGAGGAGUAUUGUGGGGACUUUGAGAUGCUGUAUGAAGCAACUGAAAAUGAAGAAGUUAAGAAAUUCCUUAAGGUAGCAGCUGUAGACAGAAUGGCCAAAAAUCAGGCAACUGUUUGA